GCCCUUUCCUCUCUCAAGGUUUAGAAACCCUAGCGCCGCAUCCCUUUUUUCCCUCUCUCCUACGUCAGUGAUGCCGCAAAUGGCAAAAAGAAGGGCCUACGACAUUGUGUUAGGUGUUGUGUGGUCGAGAAUGGCAAGAGCAUUUAUUAGUGUUGUGUGGUCGAGAAUGCAAAAGCAUUUAUUGUUUUGCCAUUUCUCAAUUAUUUCCACCGAGUCUCGACCCAAACAAGCUGAAUUGGGAUUUGAGGAGCAAAAAGGUCUUCAAGUUUGUUCUCGACAAGGGCUGCGUAUCAAAGAGGAAGUUGAGUAUUCUAGCGGAGGCUUUCCUUUGAAUGAAAAUGAUGAUUUUUACAAGGCCAAAUUUGUAGCUCCCGUUUGAUCAUAGAUUUUGAAGUUGAAACUUGAAAAUUUGAGCUUUUAAAGUUGUGAUUUUUGGAAUUUGAAAUUGUGUUUGGACAUGCAUUUUACUUGGAAAAAAAUUGAAGUUUAGUGAGUGGAAGUCCCAAAAACUGGUUUGGACCAAUUUUUGGAAUUUGAAAAUUUUUUGAAAACAAAUUUUCAAAAUCUGAUCCAAAAUGACCAAACAGAUAUUUGAAGAUAAAUUUUCAAAACCUAAUCCAAAAUCUAUGACCAGAUAGGAUUUGGUUGAGUAGAAAGUACCUGGAAGCCGGACUUUGACAAAUUUUUACUAUGUAAUAGAAUAUAAAGCCAAGGUAUUUGUUAUGCAAUUUAUGGCAAC